AUGCUGAUUUAUAAGGACCAGGCUGAGCGUAUCAAGGGUCUGCGGGAACGUAGCAGCCUGACCCUGGAAGACAUCUGUGGCCUGGAGCCUGGCCUGCCCUACGAGGGCCUGGUCCACACGCUGGCCAUCAUCUGCCGCUCCCAGGCCAUCAUGCUUGGCUUCGAGGGUCGGGAGGCCAUGUGCGCCUGGGAUGCCCGCAUCCGCUAUGAGCUUGGAGAGGUGCACAGGUUCCAUGUGACGGUGGCCCCAGGCACCAAGCUCCAGAGUGGUCCUGCCACACUGCACCUCUGCAACGACAUCCUGGUGGUGACCAGGGACGUGCCUCCGGCCAUCACGGGGCAAUGGAAGCUAUCCGACUUGCGGCGCUAUGGGGCAGUGCCCAAUGGGUUCAUCUUCGAAGGCGGGACCAGAUGUGGGUACUGGGCCGGCGUUUUCUUCCUGUCCUCCACCGAGGGCGAGCAGAUCAGUUUCCUGUUCGACUGCAUCGUGCGUGGUAUCUCCCCAACCAAGGGUCCCUUCAGCCUGAGGCCCGUUCUCCCAGACCCGAGCCCUGGAGGGGCCUCGACCAUGGAGGAACGGGCAGCCCAGGAAGCCUUGCAGCUGGAGAAGCGGCUCAGCCUCCUGUCCCACUCCGGACACGGACACCCGGGCAGCAGAGGGGAUGACCGCAGUCUCUCCAGCUCGUCCUCAGAGGCCAGCCACUCGGACGUCAGCGCUGGCAGCCGACUGACCGCCUGGCCAGAGCCGUCUUUGUCCUCGGCCAGCACGUCUCAGGAGGGCCCGGGGCCACCAUCGACGCGGGCCCUGCACCUGGGGGAGGCGGCUGCCCCUGGGGAAGAGGCUCCAGGUCCUUCCCAGCAGCCCCCCAAGCCCCUGCGGCCUCGGCAGCUGCAGGAGGUCGGCCGCCAGGGCUCCUCAGACAGCGGCAUUGCUACGGGCAGCCACUCGUCCUGUUCCGGCAGCUUCUCGUCCUACGCCGGCAGUAGCCUGGACGUGUGGCCGGCCGCCGACGACUUUGGCUCCUUGCUCAGCCUGCCGCCGGUGGCUGGGGGGCCUGAACCCGGCCUGUGUGCCUGCCCCCCCGGUGUGUCCCCUCGGGUGGCCGAGUACCAGGUGCCCGGUGCGCCUCGGCCUCACUACGACACACCCCGCAGCCUGCGUCAGGCACCGAGGGACCAGGACCCAGCUUCACAGGGUGGACCCGACAAGGGUGCAGCCGCCACCACCACUGCUGCUGGGGACUCGGGCAGCCAGACGUCCACAGAGUGUCCCUCUGGCUGGCUAGGCACAGAAGUGCGAGGACCGGUGACAGAGGCGCCCGGCGAGCCGUGGGAGGUGGCUGUUCCUCACACGGGGACCAGCCCUGCCUGGUUUUCUACCUGCCCCGUCUGUGGAGGGCUCAAGGCGACGCUGGCUCUUCUCAUGCUGGUUCCAGCCUUCAUGGAAUACAGCCGCUUUGCACCAUCUGUCCUGCGCUGUGCGAUCCUGGAUGCGCUGAGACAAGUCUGGCUUGUGUCCAUCGCAUGCUCGCGGGCCCUGGGCCUCAGUGAGGACCGCUUUGCCGAGGGGGCUCGGGGAACCGUCACCAUGCCAUGGACACUGCCCCUGCCCUUGUCUGUCCACAGGCCCUGCCCAGGGCUCCGAGGCCACAGUGCAGUUGCCUGUCUCGGGGCCCUGGGUGAGGCCAGCUCUCUGACACAGACAUUCUCUUUGGUUCAGGCAGCGGCGGCCACACCCACUGGACUUCCACGUGCAGGAGCCCUGGGGCCCGGGGACAGCGAGGCGCCUGUGUACCUGAACCUUCCGGUCAGCCCCUCCGCCGGCAAGCAGCCGCACUACCUGGGUCUGCAGUUGCAAGGGGCCGGGCCGGCGGUCCGAGGGGCCAGCGCCUCGCGGUAUGCACACAUCGACGUCACAGCCACCGAGACCGCGCAUCGGGUGGGCACGCAGCACGCACAGACGCGGGAGGAGCGGCUGCCGGAGCUGGAGCAGAGGAGGCGGGCACAGCCGUGA